GGCGCCGGCCUGCGGCCCCCUCCUCCGCGCCCGGCUCCUUCUCUCCCUCCUUCCCCGGCCCUGGCAGCCCUGGGGGAGCAGAGAGCCCGUCUAGCCGUGACGGCUCCGGGAACCCGAGCACAGGUGCCGGGAGGCCACAUCGCCCGCUCGGACCACGCUCCUGGAGAAGCCCCGGGCCCGCGCGGCCCUCCCCGCCACAGAGAGCGCGCACCGCCCCCGGGAGCCGGCCGGGCGCGCCCGAGGAGGCAGCAGCGCAGCGGCCUCCGGAGCCUCGGGCAGCGCGCCGGCCUCGAGGGCCGCUCCCCAGCCGCGGCCCCUCCCCUCCGCUUCCUCCUUCCCCGCGGCGCUCCGGGACCCACGGGCGCUUAGACCAGCGCCAGGCGCCCGAGCUUUGUGUCCACCCCGGGCCCGGGCGCGCCUCGGGGGGUCCCACUGGGCGAGCGAGCUGUGAGGCGUGGCCGCCGGGAGGAGGUGCUUGGGGGGGCGUGGGGCUCCCCGGCGAGCGGGCGGCGAAGGGAGCGAGUCGAGCGCGGCCGGACAAUGAACUGGGCAGCUCGACACUGCGGCUAAUUUUAGGGGGGACGUGGGCCGAGGACAGGAUGCCAGGCGCUCCGGCGCUCUGAGCCCCCCCACCCCCGCGCUCUGAGGCCCCCGCACGGGUGCGCGCCUGCACCCGCGCCCUCCCCCUCCCCCCGCAGGCUUUGGCUGUGGCACUUUGGGGUGCGGAGCCUCUAGAGCGACCGCGAUGGCCAGCACCAGGAGUAUCGAGCUGGAGCACUUUGAGGAGCGGGACAAAAGGCCGCGGCCGGGGUCGCGGAGGGGGGCACCGGGCUCGUCCGGGGGCAGCAGCAGCUCGGGCCCCAAGGGCAACGGGCUCAUUCCCAGCCCGGCGCACAGCGCGCACUGCAGCUUCUACCGCACGCGCACCCUGCAGGCCCUGAGCUCUGAGAAAAAGGCCAAGAAGGCGCGCUUCUACCGCAACGGGGACCGCUACUUCAAGGGCCUGGUGUUCGCCAUCUCCAGCGACCGCUUCCGCUCCUUUGACGCACUGCUCAUCGAGCUCACCCGCUCCCUGUCCGAUAACGUGAACCUGCCCCAGGGCGUCCGCACCAUCUACACGAUCGACGGCAGCAAGAAGGUCACCAGCUUGGAGGAGCUGCUGGAAGGUGAGAGUUAUGUGUGUGCAUCGAAUGAACCAUUUCGUAAAGUUGAUUACACCAAAAAUAUUAAUCCGAACUGGUCUGUGAACAUCAAGGGUGGGACCACCCGACCUGUGGCUGCUGCUGGCUCCGUGAAAAGUGAAGUCAAGGAAAGUAAAGAUUUCAUCAAGCCCAAGCUGGUGACUGUGAUUCGAAGUGGUGUGAAGCCUAGAAAGGCUGUGCGGAUCCUUCUUAAUAAGAAGACGGCUCAUUCCUUUGAGCAAGUCUUAACAGAUAUCACCGAAGCCAUUAAACUAGACUCAGGAGUGGUCAAGCGGCUUUGCACACUGGAUGGAAAGCAGGUUACUUGCCUGCAAGACUUUUUUGGAGAUGAUGAUGUUUUCAUUGCCUGUGGACCAGAGAAGUUCCGUUAUGCCCAAGAUGACUUUGUCCUGGAUCACAGUGAAUGCCGUGUCUUGAAGUCAUCUUACUCUCGCUCCUCAGCUGUUAAAUAUUCUGGAUCCAAAAGCCCUGGAACCUCUCAACGCAGCAAAUCACCAGCUUCAGUAAAGAGGGGUGGCCACUACUCCAGUGUCUAUUCUUCAGCCAGAUCCCCAGUGAAUGGAACUCCCAGCAGUCAGCUUUCUACUCCCAAAUCUACAAAAUCCUCAAGUUCCUCUCCAACUAGCCCAGGAAGUUUCAGAGGAUUAAAGAUUUCUGCACAUGGCAGAUCUUCCUCCAGUGUAAACGGUGGACCUGAACUCGAUCAUUGCGAGAGUCCUGAAGGGCUGAAUGGGAACAGGUGCUCCGAAUCCUCCACUCUGCUUGAGAAGUACAAGAUCGGGAAGGUUAUUGGUGAUGGAAAUUUUGCCGUGGUCAAAGAGUGCAUGGACCGGUGCACAGGGAAGGAGUUUGCCCUGAAGAUAAUAGACAAAGCCAAAUGUUGUGGAAAGGAACACCUUAUCGAGAACGAAGUGUCGAUAUUGCGCCGAGUGAAGCACCCCAAUAUCAUCAUGCUGGUCGAGGAGAUGGAAACCAUGACUGAACUCUUCCUGGUGAUGGAAUUGGUCAAAGGUGGAGAUCUCUUUGAUGCAAUUACCUCAUCAACCAAGUAUACAGAGAGGGAUGGCAGUGCCAUGGUGUACAACCUGGCCAACGCCCUCAGGUACCUUCACAGUCUCAGCAUUGUGCACCGAGACAUCAAGCCAGAGAACCUCUUGGUAUGUGAGUAUCCUGAUGGGACAAAGUCUCUGAAACUGGGAGACUUCGGUCUAGCCACUGUGGUGGAAGGUCCUUUAUACACAGUCUGCGGCACCCCAACCUAUGUGGCUCCAGAAAUCAUUGCCGAAACUGGCUAUGGCCUGAAGGUGGACAUUUGGGCAGCAGGAGUGAUCACCUACAUCCUCCUCUGUGGAUUCCCACCAUUCCGGAGUGAGAACAAUCUCCAGGAAGAUCUCUUCGACCAGAUCUUGGCUGGGAAGCUGGAGUUUCCUGCCCCCUACUGGGAUAACAUCACAGACUCUGCAAAGGAAUUAAUCAGUCAGAUGCUGCAGGUCAACGUGGAAGCUCGGUGUACUGCGGGACAAAUCCUGAGCCACCCCUGGGUGUCGGACGACGCCUCCCAGGAGAACAAUAUGCAAGCUGAAGUGACAGGUAAACUAAAACAGCACUUUAAUAACGCACUCCCCAAGCAGAACAGCACCACCACCGGCGUCUCCGUGAUCAUGUUUGAUUUGACCGUUUGAGAGCCACCUCAGAGUUUCACUCUUGGCCCUGUUGAGACUAUGGGGACCCUGAAGCAGAAUUCUGGUAUCCACCCUGCUGGCCUUCAUCCAAGUAGCUUCUAAUCCAUCCACAGCCCUUCCUCAAAUCCGCAUGCUCACCCCCAACUGACUCCAGCUCCAUCUCAGCUUCUGAGAAGGCUGGGUCUUCUGUCCAUACUGACACCCUUUCAGCUUGCUGGCACAUCUGUCAUUUCUCAGCUGCCCCCCGCCACCACCGCCUAGACUCAAAGUUGGUGAGGUCACGGGAGGUAGCUGAGUGUUUUUUUUCACUUGGAUAAAAAGAUUACACACACACACACACACACACACACACACUUUUAUUCUUUUCCCUCUCCAGAGAGCUGCUCAGCUCUGGCUUCCGGUGUUUCUCAGGGUUGCACCUAGGACUCUCUUGGUGCCUCAGUCCUGAAAGUUUCUUUGUAUCACCAUUAAGUUAUCUCCCCAGCCCAAGGCAUCUUUCUUGUGAAUGCCAAAGUGAGGCCUCCCUUCUGUUCCUCUAACCACCUUUCCAGAGACAGUAUUCUUAUCAGUAAGACAGAGCAGGGUCAGGUAGUCUUGGGUUAAGGGAAGAGAAUGAAGAACAUUGGAUUUGAUUUGGGGUGAAGAUAGGCCUGAGAUUUUGGGUUACCUUUGCAUUUAACUUGUCCUGGGCCUAGUUAAGAAAGGACUGUGCAUGUACAGGGCAGGAUGCAGGGCUCCAGUUCACCCCAUGGGCUCCUCCCAGCCUCGAGAGGCCAUCUUGUGGCAGGAGAGAGAAGCCCCUCCUUCCUGUACCCAUCUUGUGGAUGGUUGAAUUCAAAUGACUAGUGCUCCCUGCCCCCCCAGGGGGAUUAUGCUUCUUUCAGGGGGCGUUUGGUGACUGAUUCAGGCUUCACUUAAGAUAGACAAAACUAUUUCAAUCGUGUUGCUUCUGCUUAAAGUAAGUCUAGUUUCUGUCCCCGCUUCUCUCCUCCCUCCUGCCUCUCCUGCCACUGCAUUGCUUCCCUCUGCCUAGGUCCAAGGCGAUGGUAUGUACUAACCGCACGGCGAUGCUUUGUGUGAUGCUUUGUUCCACUACACAUACAUGUUCUCUUGACAGGAAGAGAAAAGGAGAAAUAACUAUGGGGGGAUUGGUGUUUUCUCCAUGCUUAGUGCGCCACUGAAGAGAAGCUCGGCCUCCUCUCAGCUGAGGAGCUGAGGAGCUCAGGCGCUUGAGAGCCAGGCCAGCUCCUGACUGACUCCUCAGAGUGACUUUCUCCCCCAUGGUAGAAACAGUCUUUGGAAACUACAGAAAGGUCAUCCUUAGCUCAGAAGGAGAAGCCACACCCGUCUUUCUUAGUCCUGUUAUUGCUCAGAUAGUCUGCAAUUUUUGUUUUAGUCAGAGCAAGAGUUUGCAGAGCUCCUCUCUCCCUCAGUAGUCAGAUCACAACAAAAGCUCCUGAUUUGGGCCUUUUCCCUAAAGGGGCCUGAGGGCUGGCAUUUCCUGUAUUUGGAAAAGACAGUGAGAUGGCUGUUGGCCUGGACAGACAAGUGGUCAAACUGAGCAGAGGAGUGGACAGGAGCGAGGCCUGGCCUUCCAGGUUGCUGCUGAGUGGGUUUGAGCUGGGCUGGCGAGGGGCUAAAGAUGUGAGGCUGCACCACGAGUUGCUGGGACAUUGCUGCAGCCACUUGGACUGGAGAGGGACAUUCAACCUGUCAUCUAAGAGAGACCCACAGUUUGCUGAUCACCUCAGGAUAUUUGGGGCUCCAGGUCUAGCUCAGUCAGGAAGAAUGGCCCCGGGCUGCUUCACAGCCAGCUGACGCCCAGGGGGAGGACAGGCCAUCCAGGGUGCCCACCGCCUAUGUUUUUUCUCCUCUUCUCUCUCUGGCUCCCAUGCAUGCUCCUCUGUGCACUGUCCCCGCGGCCAGGUGGCCUGAGUCCGGCCAGGCUGACCUGUCUCUUGCUGCUCUCU